AUGGGCGACCUCGGAUUUUCUAUAGAUUAUAAUUAUGGAUUUGAUGUAACAAAUCAGCAAGAUGGUCACCCUUAUAGAUGUCACUUAUGUGGAAAAUGUUACAUGCACAAAGGAAAUAUGCGACGUCACAUGCGAUUCGAAUGUGGAAAACCGCCUCAUUUGAAAUGCGAUCACUGCAGAAAUAUGGAAUACAUGUUACCAAACUUCAGAAAUGAAUAUUAUCCGAACCGGCAAGAAGAAUGUCCCUUUAAGUGCGGAAUUUGUGGAAAAUUGUAUAAAUACAAAAGCAAUAUGCAACGUCAUAUGCGAUUUGAAUGUGGAAAACAACCUCAAUUGAAAUGUGAUCGUUGCCCUUACCGAACUUAUUACAAACAUCAUCUGAAUAGCCAUUCGGUGACCAGGCAUCCUUAA